GUGCUCGACGCCGCGCCUCCGCCUCCAGUCGCCUGGCCGGGGAGGCGGGGCCGAGCCUGAGCGCGCGGAGCCGACUCAGUGACUCGACUGCCGGCCCCAGGGUGGAGUUGGAAAGAAGUAGUCCUGUGGAGGAUGCGUUUCUAUUUUUAACCCGAUUGUCCGCCUUCAGCCUCUCUGCUUCCGAUUUUCUCAGUCAAGCCGACUUUUAGCCAUCUGAGUUCUCACGCUUUGUCUAAAGCCUUUGGCAGACAUUUCCCUUUCCUCCUUACUCGCCACCCCUUCCCCACCCAACAAGAACGUGUUAGAAGGAUUCGGCUCGAGAAGAGAAAAUGAACUGCUGUUUAGCUUCUGGGUCUUCUCGCCUGUUUAUGAAGUUUCCCCCGUCCGGUUGCCUCACACUCCGCUUCAGUUCUAAAGUCCAGCCUGAGCAUUGCCCUGAUGCUCCCGGGAAGGAGCGGGGCGGGCGGCGCUCGCUCGCUCGCCCAAGGUCACGGCUGGUUGUGCAGAGUCAGGAAGUGCUCCGCCGACUUGCUGCCCGUCUUCGGCCCCGGCGACACUGUUCUGAGCAAACUGUUUCGGCCAGCCUGUAAAAUCCCUGGAAAUGGACUAUUCCAGCAGAGCCUCGUGAACUGGGAAAGCACCAAAUGUUCUACCCAAGAUGAAGUUAAGGAACAAACAAGCUAGACCCGAGGGAGAGAUCAAAAAGGAGACGUUGCAGGAGUAAGUUCAAAAGGGGGCAACUCAAAAAUGAGGCACAGGCCCCGACUAGUUUGAAAGGCCUCACAACAGUGGUGAGACAGACACAUGUUUGUUUAUGGAAGAGAAAUUUGUGACUCAGAAAAGUUCAGUAACUCGAUCAAAGUUAGAGACAACAGAAGCAGAGCCAGGCCUCAAACCCAGGUCUUCUGAUGCCAAAGCCAGCAUUCUUUCUUGUACACCACAGCUGCCAUCUGGAACUUGAGCUUUCAACUAUCAUGUAAGAAGUCUGCCUACCCUGGGGCCACCACAUGGAGUGACCACAUACUUACAUAUAGAGAGAGAUGGCCCAGAGUUCAAGUCUCCAGCUAUUGAAGGCUUCCAUCCUGGGUAACAGACAAUUGAAUGAAGAAGACUUUGAGAUGCUGUCAGCCCCAACCAUUGUCUGGCCACAACUACGUGAGGGACCUGCAUGCAGUCAGAACUACCAGCUGAGCCAAGCUGACCUCCAGACUUGGCAGUGCCGAGAUCUACUCGUCUUGCGACCACCAGAGACAAACCUCAAAUACUGUGAAAUGGCACCAGGGAGCACUUUCAGCAACAGGCAGAACUGUGUGCAUGUGCCGGACCAGACCUGAAACAUUUGUCCCUUCAACCUGUCAUCCUUCUUCAAGUUAACCGGCAGCCGAGACGUUCUGACAGGACACCACCAGGAUGCCGCCCAAGAAAGUGCAAAUCCAAGUGGAGGAAGAAGAAGAUGAUACUGAGGAAAGUUCAAGUGAAGAGGAAGAGGAGGAGGAAGACAAACUACCUCGAAGAGAGAGCAUGAGACCAAAGAGGAAACGGACCAGAGAUGUUAUCAAUGAAGAUGACCCAGAACCUGAACCAGAGGAUGAAGAAACGAGGAAGGCCAGAGAAAAAGAGAGAAGGAGGAGGUUGAGGAGAGGACAGGAGGAAGAAGAAGAAAUUGAUGAAGAGGAAUUGGAAAGAUUGAAGGCAGAGUUAGAUGAGAAUAGACAAAUGAUUGCUACUGUCAAAUGCAAGCCUUGGAAAAUGGAGAAGAAAAUUGAAGUUCUCAAGGAAGCAAAAAAAUUUGUGAAUGAAAAUGAAGGGGCUCUUGGGAAAGGAAAAGGAAAACGGUGGUUUGCAUUUAAGAUGAUGAUGGGCAAGAAAUGGGUAAAAUUUCUCCGUGAUUUUGAGAACUUCAAAGCUGCUUGUGUCCCCUGGGAAAAUAAAAUCAAGGCAAUUGAAAGUCAGUUUGGCUCAUCAGUGGCCUCAUACUUCCUCUUCAUGAGAUGGAUGUAUGGAGUAAAUAUGGUUCUCUUUAUCCUGACAUUCAGCCUUAUCAUGUUGCCAGAGUACCUCUGGGGUUUGCCAUAUGGCAGUUUACCUAGGAAAACGGUUCCCAGAGCUGAAGAGGCAUCAGCAGCCAACUUUGGUGUGUUGUAUGACUUCAAUGGGUUGGCUCAAUAUUCCGUCCUCUUUUAUGGCUAUUACGACAAUAAACGAACAAUUGGAUGGAUGAAUUUCAGACUGCCACUAUCCUAUUUUCUGGUGGGGAUCAUGUGCAUUGGAUACAGCUUUCUGGUUGUCCUUAAAGAGAUGACCAAAAAUAUUGGUGAUGACGGAGGUGGUGACGACAACACCUUCAACUUCAGCUGGAAGGUGUUCACCAGCUGGGACUUCCUGAUUGGCAAUCCUGAAACAGCAGACAACAAAUUCAAUUCUAUCACAAUGAACUUUAAGGAAGCUAUAAUAGAAGAAAGAGCAGCCCAAGUAGAAGAAAACGUCCACUUGAUCAGAUUCCUGAGGUUUCUUGCUAACUUCUUCGUGUUUCUAACACUUGGCGGGAGUGGAUACCUCAUCUUUUGGGCUGUGAAGCGAUCCCAGGAAUUUGCGCAGCAAGAUCCUGACACCCUUGGGUGGUGGGAAAAAAAUGAAAUGAACAUGGUCAUGUCCCUCCUGGGGAUGUUCUGUCCAACACUGUUUGACUUAUUUGCUGAAUUGGAAGACUACCAUCCCCUCAUCGCUCUGAAAUGGCUCCUGGGACGCAUUUUUGCUCUUCUUUUAGGCAACUUGUAUGUAUUUAUUCUUGCCUUGAUGGAUGAGAUUAACAACAAGAUUGAAGAGGAGAAGCUAGUAAAGGCCAAUAUUACCCUAUGGGAAGCCAACAUGAUCAAGGCCUACAAUGCAUCACUCACUGGAAAUACCACUGGGCCACCCUUUUUUGUGCACCCUGCAGAUGUACCUCGAGGACCCUGCUGGGAAACAAUGGUGGGGCAGGAAUUUGUGCGGCUGACCGUUUCUGAUGUUCUGACCACCUACGUCACAAUUCUCAUUGGGGAUUUUCUCCGAGCAUGUUUUGUGAGGUUUUGCAAUUACUGCUGGUGCUGGGAUUUGGAAUAUGGAUAUCCUUCAUACACCGAAUUUGACAUCAGUGGCAAUGUCCUCGCUCUGAUCUUCAAUCAAGGAAUGAUCUGGAUGGGCUCCUUCUUCGCUCCCAGCCUCCCAGGCAUCAAUAUCCUUCGGCUCCACACAUCCAUGUACUUCCAGUGCUGGGCUGUGAUGUGUUGCAACGUUCCUGAGGCCAGGGUCUUCAAAGCUUCCAGAUCGAAUAACUUCUAUCUGGGAAUGCUCUUGCUCAUCCUCUUCUUGUCCACCAUGCCCGUCCUGUACAUGAUCGUGUCCCUCCCACCAUCUUUUGAUUGUGGCCCCUUCAGUGGCAAAAAUAGGAUGUUUGAAGUCAUUGGAGAAACACUGGAACAUGAUUUUCCAAGCUGGAUGGCAAAGAUCUUGAGACAGCUUUCUAAUCCUGGAUUAGUUAUUGCUGUUAUUUUGGUUAUGGUUUUGACUAUCUAUUAUCUCAAUGCUACUGCAAAGGGCCAGAAGGCAGCAAAUCUGGAUCUAAAAAAGAAGAUGAAACAGCAAGCUUUGGAGAACAAACUGCGAAACAAGAAAAUGGCAGCUGCACGAGCAGCUGCAGCUGCUGGAGGCCAGUAAUUUUCAUGGAUAUUCUGGAGGCCCAGAAGUAUUCCUCACCAUACUGUUCAAAAGCAGUGACUUAUGUGA